CAUGGAAUACAAGGCUGCCUCUGGUAAACAGUUAUAUAAGAAGCAGGAUAACGUCGGCCAUUUCUACAUCAGAAUCUAUCUCCAUUGUCAUUGUUAACUCAAACGAGAUACUUCAGUUUCAUUUUGACAAAAUGGGCGAGGUUUCUGCAGUCAAUAUGCCUACCACCGACUAUGAUGUGCCAGGCUCCAUCUGCGAAGCCCACCACCUCUACCAAUCCAAACCCGACGAAAGAGGCCGCACUUCAUGGACAAGCGAUAUUCCUGGCAAUCUCGUCAAGCCUGCGGAGAACUCGGAAUCCAGCAAGUACGCGUUAAUCAUUCGCAAUAUCAAGUGCUACGAUGGCCGCAAGAACCUCACUAUCCAUUCGAUUGUCGUGCAGAGUGACCGGCUCAAGAAGUUUCUUGCCACCGCCAUGGCUGGAUAUCCGGGUUUGACAUUGGCUCUGGACCGGAUCGAGUUUGCCAGGCCGUUCAAACCGUUUGUUCAUCGAUGGGAGCAGUUCUCUAGAGCCAGAGAGGAGGAGGUCGAUGCCAUUACCAAGACUCACGUUGACCUGUUGUACCACACUCUGGAAAGCGAACUGGGCGAUAUGAUAUCCCAGAAGAACGACCUGGUGAAAAACAGCGUCAUCACUCACGACUUGCUGUGGACCAUCUUCGAACCAGGCGACCAUGUCUUCAGCAUCAUCGAUGGCCGCCAACAUGCCUUCAAUUUCGAAGCAGGCGACGUCAAUUGCCGGACUGGGAAUUUCGAUAUCGCAUCAAAGUAUAUCGACUUUGACGGGGAGAAGUUCGGUCAUCAGACGCACGCUUUCAAGGUGCCCUUUUAUGAAGGGACAUUACCCAUUAUGGAACUACCUGUCUUUCCUCUUGCCUAUCACAGCGAGAAGACUACCAUUCGAGAAGAUCUUAUCGCUCGUGGAAGGCUCUGGGAAGAGCACAAGGGCUAUCACUAUAAGCAAUACGAGGGCAUUGCCAAAGGAUAUUUCCUCGGGCGGCCGAUGAAAUUCAGCAUCAAAAGCCGGAUCGUGAUCGACACGGAAGCAUACAACACUUUCAAUGCAGACGAGGCAGUUUCCGUAUCUGGUCAUAUCUCUGGCAAUCUGUCUGAUGCCCACCGGCUGAUUGCAACUCCAACCCUCCGUGGGUAUGCCCUCAAAGACAAAAAGUGGCUCGAAUUCGAUCUUGAUGGUGUCAAGGAUAUUGUCUGGGAUUCACGGGCAUUUGAUUCAUUGGUGCUUCCUAAUACACAGCAGGACCUGAAGAAGUUGAUUCUCGCAUUUGCCCAGUCCCAGUCUAGACGUCAAGAUGCUUUUGAUGAUGUGAUUCAGGGCAAAGGUCGGGGAGUUAUCAUGCUUCUGCGAGGUCCUCCUGGCGUAGGCAAAACCCUGACGGCAGAAAGUGUUGCAGAGGUGAUGAAGGUACCUCUGUAUGUCCUCAGCGCAGGCGAUCUGGGAACGAAUUCAUCGCGAGUUGAAGAUAGCCUCAAAGACAUUCUCUGCAUGGUUCCCAGAUGGGGAGCUGUUUUGUUACUCGACGAAGCGGAUGUUUUCAUGGAGGCGCGCGAUAAAACCGACCUUGAACGGAAUGAGCUCGUGUCUAUCUUCUUGAGGCUGUUGGAGUAUUACGAGGGAAUCUUGUUUCUAACCACCAAUCGUGCCGAGAAUAUCGAUCCUGCUUUUGAAUCACGUAUUCAUGUGUCUAUUCGCUAUCCAGACCUCAACACGACAUCCAGACGCCAGAUAUGGACUCAAUUCCUUUCCGAAACGAAGAUGGGACAGCUCUCAGAGGAGAAGCUUGAUGAAGUAUGCAAGCUGGAACUGAACGGUAGACAGAUCAAGAAUGUGCUCAGGACUGCCCAUCUCCUGGCGCAAGAGGAUGGCUGUGGGCUUGACUAUAGCCAUGUCCAGACAGUCUUGACCUUGAGAGCAUCCGAGUGA